GCCUCUCUUCCUGUAUCAAAAAAUUCGUCGACGGUUACGGGAGGAGAGAGAAAGGAGAUGAGGCCGUUGCGCUCGCAGCAGAGUGUCCGAGCGGCAACAACGCCCCUUUAUUUACCAUUUUGCCCUUCCCCUCGCCUCCUCUCCCUCCCUCCUUCGCCCGCGCGCCGCCGAUUCGCUCCUCUCCGGAGCUCGGAUCCUCCGCCUCCCCGCGCUCCGGGGCUCGACCGGAGUUCCGAUCCUUCGGUUCGCUCUUCGAUGUCGUCUCCUCCUCCUCCUCCUCCGUCGUCGGCGCCGCCGUCCGCGGCGGAGGCCGCGGAGGCGAAGCCCUCCGCCGUGCUCUUCGUGUGCCUCGGUAACAUCUGCCGGAGCCCCGCCGCGGAGGGCGUCUUCCGAGACUUGGUGAAGAAGAGAGGGUUCGACUCCGCCUUCAACAUCGAUUCUGCCGGCACCACCGAUUACCACGAGGGCAAUCUAGCUGAUCCGAGAAUGAGAGCAGCAGCUAAGAGGCGCGGGGUCGAGAUCACGUCUCUGUCGAGGCCGAUAAGGCCAUCUGAUUUUAGGGAUUUCGAUCUUAUCCUCGCGAUGGAUAAGCAAAACAGAGAGGAUAUAUUGGAAGCCUUCAAUAGGUGGAAAUUUAGGGAGCCCUUACCCGAAGACGCCCACAAGAAGGUUAAGUUGAUGUGUUCAUAUUGCAAGAAGCACGACGAAACCGAAGUACCGGAUCCUUACUAUGGCGGACCCCAGGGUUUUGAGAAGGAUGUCGGCUCACUGCGUCGCGUCAUUCAUCAAGUCGCGAUCACAGCCAUCCAUUUGUCCUUAGGUUGCUCAGUAUGCGAGGCAGAAGCAAAACUAAGAUGUUUUCAUCGUUCUCAUUGCAGGUGCUGGAUCUGCUGGAGGAUGCUUGCGAGUCACUGUUGGACAGCAUUUUGGCUGAGAAAAGUCAAAAUUAAAAAUAAGAUUUUGGGUCACUGCUGUCCAAGGGCUAUGCAUUCGAUCGGGAUUCCAUUAGUUUCUCUGUUUACCAGGGCUUUAAAUACUUUGAAAUGAAAGCGAAAAUUUAGGAUGAGUUUGGUAACUUACCAAAUAGUGACUUAUUCUAUUCUUUUAUUCCGUGGAACCAAAAAAGAACAGAAAUCCGUUUGGUAAA